AUUGUGUAGCGGCGAGAGUGGAGCAGAGCGGUGCGGAGCAGAUCUGGUGGUUCUCCGGAGAGCAGCUUCCUCGGGUGUUACAUGAGCCAAGCCCUCACUGUACAGAUGAGUGAGAGCUGAAACCUGUUCCCCGAGCUGAUCAGAAGGACAUCCCUUGGCCCCUCCAUCUGGGCCCCUGUGGAUAGGAGGGGCUGGGCGAGCAGGCCAGCUGGGCUAUGGUGUGGUGCCUCGGCCUGGCCGUCCUCAGCCUGGUUAUCAGCCAGGGGGCUGACGGUCGAGGAAAGCCUGAGGUGGUAUCGGUGGUGGGCCGGGCUGGGGAGAGUGUGGUGCUGGGCUGUGACCUGCUGCCCCCGGCCGGCCGGCCCCCCCUGCAUGUCAUCGAGUGGCUGCGCUUUGGAUUCCUGCUUCCCAUCUUCAUCCAGUUCGGCCUCUACUCUCCCCGAAUUGACCCUGAUUACGUGGGACGAGUCCGGCUGCAGAAGGGGGCCUCUCUCCAGAUUGAGGGUCUCCGGGUGGAAGACCAGGGCUGGUACGAGUGCCGCGUGUUCUUCCUGGACCAGCACAUCCCUGAAGACGAUUUUGCUAACGGCUCCUGGGUGCAUCUGACAGUCAAUUCACCCCCUCAAUUCCAGGAGACACCUCCUGCUGUGUUGGAAGUGCAGGAACUGGAGCCUGUGACCCUGCGCUGUGUGGCCCGUGGGAGCCCCCUGCCUCGUGUGACGUGGAAGCUCCGAGGAAAGGACCUUGGCCAGGGCCAGGGCCAGGUGCAAGUGCAGAACGGGACACUGCGGAUCCGCCGGGUAGAGCGAGGCAGCUCUGGGGUCUACACCUGCCAAGCCUCCAGCACUGAGGGCAGCGCCACCCACGCCACCCAGCUGCUAGUGCUAGGACCCCCAGUCAUCGUGGUGCCCCCCAAGAACUGCACAGUCAAUGCUUCCCAGGAUGUUUCCUUGGCCUGCCACGCUGAGGCAUACCCUGCUAAUCUCACCUACAGCUGGUUCCAGGACAACACCAAUGUCUUCCACAUUAGCCGCCUGCGGUCCCGGGUGCGGAUUCUGGUGGACGGGAGCCUGCGGCUGCAGGCCACCCAGCCUGAUGAUGCCGGCUGCUACACCUGUGUGCCCAGCAAUGGCCUCCUGCAUCCACCCUCAGCCUCUGCCUACCUCACUGUGCUCUACCCAGCCCAGGUGACAGCUAUGCCUCCUGAGACGCCCCUGCCCAUAGGCAUGCCGGGGGUGAUCCGCUGCCCGGUUCGUGCCAACCCCCCACUGCUCUUUGUCAGCUGGACCAAGGAUGGAAAGGCCCUGCAGCUGGACAAGUUCCCUGGCUGGUCCCAGGGCACAGAAGGCUCAUUGAUCAUCGCCCUGGGGAAUGAGGAUGCCCUGGGAGAAUACUCCUGCACCCCCUACAACAGUCUUGGUACCGCCGGGCCCUCCCCUGUGACCCGCGUGCUGCUCAAGGCUCCCCCAGCUUUUAUAGAGCGGCCCAAGGAAGAAUAUUUCCAAGAAGUAGGGCGGGAGCUGCUCAUCCCCUGCUCCGCCCAAGGGGACCCUCCUCCUGUUGUCUCUUGGGCCAAGGUGGGCCGGGGGCUGCAAGGCCAGGCCCAGGUGGACAGCAACAGCAGUCUCAUCCUGCGACCAUUGACCAAGGAGGCCCACGGGCGCUGGGAAUGCAGUGCCAACAAUGCUGUGGCCCGCGUGGCUGCCUCCACCAACGUCUACGUGCUGGGCACUAGCCCUCAUGUUGUCACCAAUGUGUCCGUGGUGCCUUUGCCUAAGGGUGCCAAUGUCUCCUGGGAGCCUGGCUUUGAUGGUGGCUAUCUGCAGAGAUUCAGUGUCUGGUACACGCCACUGGCCAAGCGUCCUGACCGAAUGCACCAUGACUGGGUGUCCUUGGCAGUGCCUGUGGGGGCUGCUCACCUCCUAGUGCCAGGGCUGCAGCCCCACACCCAGUACCAGUUCAGCGUGCUGGCUCAGAACAAGCUGGGCAGUGGUCCCUUCAGCGAAAUUGUCUUGUCUGCUCCUGAAGGGCUUCCUACCACGCCAGCUGCACCUAGGCUUCCCCCAACAGAGAUAUCCCCUCCCCUGUCCCCUCCACGGGGUCUGGUGGCAGUGAGGACACCCCGGGGGGUACUCCUACAUUGGGAUCCCCCAGAGCUGGUCCCUAAGAGACUGGAUGGCUACGUCUUGGAAGGACGGCAAGGCUCCCAGGGCUGGGAGGUGCUGGACCCGGCUGUGGCAGGCACAGAAACAGAGCUGCUGGUGCCAGGCCUCAUCAAGGAUGUUCUCUAUGAGUUCCGCCUCGUGGCCUUCGCAGGCAGCUACGUCAGCGACCCCAGCAACACGGCCAACGUCUCCACUUCCGGUCUGGAGGUCUACCCUUCGCGCACGCAGCUGCCGGGUCUCCUGCCCCAGCCCGUGCUGGCCGGCGUGGUGGGCGGGGUCUGCUUUCUAGGCGUGGCCGUCCUCGUGAGCAUCCUGGCCGCCUGCCUCAUGAACCGGCGCAGGGCUGCCCGCCGCCGCCGCAAGCGCCUCCGCCAAGAUCCACCUCUUAUCUUCUCUCCGACCGGGACGUCAGCUGCACCCUCUGCUCUGGGCUCAGGCAGUCCUGACAGCGUGGCGAAGCUGAAGCUCCAGGGUUCCCCAGUUCCCAGCCUGCGCCAGAGUCUGCUCUGGGGAGAUCUUGCCGGAACUCCCAGCCCCCACCCAGAUCCUCCGCCUAGCCGGGGACCCUUACCCCUGGAGCCCAUUUGCCGGGGCCCAGAUGGGCGCUUUGUGAUGGGGCCCACUGUGGCGGCCCCCCAGGAAAGGUCAGGCCCGGAGCAGGCAGAACCUCGGACUCCAGCCCAGUGUCUCGCCCGGUCCUUUGACUGUAGCAGCAGCAGCCCCAGUGGGGCACCCCAGCCCCUCUGCAUUGAAGACAUCAGCCCUGUGGCGCCCCCUCCAGCAGCUCCACCCAGUCCCUUGCCAGGUCCCGGACCCCUACUCCAGUACCUGAGCCUGCCCUUCUUCCGAGAGAUGAAUGUGGAUGGGGACUGGCCCCCUCUUGAGGAGCCCAGCCCUGCUGCACCCCCAGAUUACAUGGAUACCCGGCGCUGCCCCACCUCAUCUUUCCUUCGUCCUCCAGACACCCCUCCUGUGUCCCCCAGGGAAUCACUUCCUGGGACUGUGGUAGGGGCUGGGGCCACUGCAGAACCCCCUUACACAGCCCUGGCUGACUGGACACUGAGGGAGCGGCUGCUGCCAGGUCUUCUCCCUGCUGCCCCUCGAGGCAGCCUCACCAGCCAGAGCAGCGGGCGAGGCAGCGCUUCGUUCCUGCGGCCCCCCUCCACAGCCCCCUCUGCUGGAGGCAGCUACCUCAGCCCUGCUCCAGGAGACACCAGCAGCUGGGCCAGUGGCCCUGAGAGAUGGCCCCGAAGGGAGCAUGUGGUGACAGUCACCAAGAGGAGGAAUACAUCUGUGGACGAGAACUAUGAGUGGGACUCAGAAUUCCCUGGGGACAUGGAAUUGCUGGAGACAUUGCACCUGGGCUUGGCCAGCUCCCGGCUCAGACCUGAAGCUGAGCCACAGCUAGGUGUGAAGACUCCAGAGGAGGGCUGCCUGCUGAACACUGCCCAUGUUACUGGCCCUGAGGCCCGCUGUGCUGCCCUUCGGGAGGAAUUCCUGGCCUUCCGCCGCCGCCGAGAUGCUACUAGGGGUCGGCUACCAGCCUAUCGACAGCCAGUCCCUCACCCCGAACAGGCCACUCUGCUGUGAACACCCCUAAUGUGAGGCUGGGAAAAGGCAUAUGGACCUGCAAAGGAGGCCCCCAACCAGACAGACCUAGCUUCAACCUAGGGCACUGCCCCUUCCUGCCCCUUUGGUGCCCAGGCACAGACCCCGAUAGUGGGCUUGGGUCACCUUGGUAUGGAAUGUAUGUGCUGACCCCCUAGGUGAGUCUGGGGAUUGGAACAGGGAUCUUAGGUCUGCCUCUCUCUCUCUCUCUCUCUGUGUGUGUGUGUGAAGUUUUUUACAGGUGAAUAAACAAAGUUUGAAAGAUG